AUGAUCAUCACAGACUAUCACCUCCGACUUUUCCAACUACUAGUAGCUGUGCUGUUUGUUUGCGUUGGAUUUAUACAGCUCAUUGAGGAUGUCAUGUUUACCAUAGAUGCCAGAGACUUAUUUCCACAAUUUCAGGCCUUUCAUUGGGCCUCUGUCAUUUUAGAUUAUUGUUUUUCAGCAUGUACAAUUCUUUCCGGUUUGAUUGGAACAUGUUCUCUGUUAUUCAUUUCAGAUGUACGACAUCCAAAAUUGAAAAUUACAACAUUUAUUACUUGGGUGUUAUCACUGUUUUUGUCACUCGGAUUGGCACUGGCUAAUGCUGGAAUUGUGAUAUAUUUAUUGGUGACGAACUAUGGACGAUUAGGAUUCCAUUUCUCGUUUGUUUUUUCAUUGGUCUAUCAAGGAAUAUUUUCAAUUGUUUGUGUGAUUGUGCUGAUCGUUGUGGUAUUCCUAGAAAUUCCACUCGUCUAUUCAACCUAUAAACGAAGUAUAGCUGCAAGGGACAAGGGACAAGAUGGAGAGAAAUUGAUGGAUUCCGAUAACGAUGAUGAUGAGGAAGAAUUGAAUGGAAAUGAAUCCUAUGUAGCUGUCAACGAUGAUGGACAAGUGAAAUCAUCACCCUCUCUGACGAAACAGCAGCAGUAG